AAUGUGUACUUCUGGUUCAGAAACCGGAAACAGUUUGCCCAGAAUCUGCUGCCUGAGUUAGAACUAAAGAAGAGAAGAAUAAAGGAUGAAUUGCUCUCAACUAGAGAUGAAUGAAGCUAUGAAUCUGACGGUCUCGGAUGGUGAACUGUCAGCUGAUUCUGCUGAGUACUGGCCUAUACCGCUUAUCAGCUGUCUCAUUUUGGCGGGAAUAUUUGGCAACUGUCUGGUCUGCCUUGCAAUAUCUACAAACAAAGAACUGCAGAACAUGACAAAUCAUUUCCUGAUGUCUCUAGCAGUAGCAGAUCUAUUGGUCUCUAUGGUUGUUAUGCCAUUCGGAGCAAUGGUAAUAUUUAAUGGAGGUUCCUGGCCUUUAUCAGAACUCUGGUGUAUCUUCUACCAGACAUGUGAUGUUCUCGCCUGUUCUGUAUCCAUCCUACACCUCAUGUUUAUAUCCAUAGGCAGAUACAGGGGGAUAUCCAAACCUCUAGCUCAGAGACAGGAGAGUGAGCGAGCUGUGCUGGGUAGAAUAGUUCUGACGUGGGGUCUAGGACUGGUCCUAGCCUCACCAAUACCUGUUCUAGCUGUGGUUGAUAUUGAGCAUGUGAUGGCAGCACACGACAGGUGCGAGGUGAAGAACCGACAUUUCCGUUUGCUGGGAUCUCUGUUCUCCUUCUAUAUACCCAUGCUUAUAAUGGUUACAACAUACAUCCUUACAGUACAUCAACUCUCUAGAAAGAAAAAUCAAGCUUUGACCAGCUCUCGUCACGUGGUUACAAG